UCAAUUGUUUACUAGCGUCAGCCUAGGGCUCACUCUACGUGGCUGAUUGGCCGGUGUAGUUCGACGACCUCAGUGAUUGGAGGAACCCGGGACCUUGCGGAAGCGGGCGGAACCGGAAAGUGACCGGCAUUAUGGCGGUCACGCUGCCUCUGCGGGACCGUCUGAGCUUCCUACAUCGGCUCCCACUUCUCCUGAAGGGAACAUCGGAUGAUGAAGUCCCGUGUCCUGGCUAUUUGUUCGAGGAGAUUGCUAAAAUCUCACAUGAGUCCUUGGGCAGCAGCCAGUGCCUCCUGGAAUACCUCCUCAACCGACUACAUGGGGGCUCUGGCCACGUGAAGCUCAAGGUGCUGAAGAUCCUGCUCCACCUGUGCACUCAUGGCUCUUCAUCCUUCCUGCUGUUGCUGAAGCGCAACCCUUCCUUCAUCCAGGAGGCCACAGUGUUUGCAGGGCCACCGGACCCCCUGCAUGGGAUCAGCUUGUACCAGAAGGUUCGGGCGGCCGCCCAGGACCUGGGCAGCACCUUGUUCUCUGAUGCUUUGUCACCACUGCCAGUCUCCCAGCCCUCCAGAGCCCUGCCCCCAACUGGCAUGGGCUCCCAGUCCUGGCCCCAGAGCACCCUCCAGGGCUUUGGCUACAGCAAGGACCAUGGUCAUUCUGGCUCGGCAGGGGAAGCGUUCCUGUCCACCAUCCAGAAGGCCGCUAAAGUCAUGGCCAGUGCCAUACGUCCUGCUGACAGCCCCAACACAAAGAGACCCCUGCCACGGGGCAACACCUACCAGCCUGCUGUGACGCCCUUGGCCAGCCAGGCCCACCCCAGCCCUAGAAGCCUGCUCUCUGGAGUCACACGGGGGACACGAGCUGUGAGACACCAGCCAGGCCAGGCCGGAGGGGGCUGGGAUGAAGCCGACAGCAGCCCUGGCUCUCAGGGCUCCUCACAGGGGACAGGCGACGCCACUAGCAAGACCUCGGAGAGGAGCAGCCCCUCCAGCAGUGACAGUCCCCUGGAGGGCAGGCGGGUGCCCAGUGACCUGAGGGAGAGGUGGGCCAGCGCCUGGGGGCGCCCCUCCGGUGCCUGGUAUCCUGACCCCCAACCCCAUGUCCCCAGCAGGGUGGAGGCUGCGGGCCUGAGUGACUGUCAGCAGGAAUUGAGUCUGGUCCAGGAUGUGAUGCGGGGCCCCCACACCUUCCUGAGCCGAGAGGAGGCACAGCGCUUUGUCAAAGAGUGCAGUCGGCUCAACUGCGAGGUGGUGCUGCGGCUGCUGCUCAGCCUGCUGGGUGAACCUGGACCCUGUGCACAGAUGAGAGCCCUGAGCGCCCUGGCUGCUCUUGGGGGCACUGACCUGCUACCCCAGGAGUACGUCCUGCUUCUUGCCCAACCCAGACUGCAAGAGCUCAGUAUAGGCAGCCCUGGACCUGUGACCAACAAGGCUACCAAGGUCCUGAGGCACUUCGAGGCUGCCUGCCGGCAUCGGCCCCCAACCCAACCCAGUCCCUCAGCCGCCUGCAGGUACCCCUCUGACCUGCUGGCUGACAGUGAUGCUGUGCCCUUUGCCUUCCUGCAGCCUGUGACCUCUUCCCUGCUGCCCCCCAAGGGCCCUGCUCACCCAAUGGGGCUGCAGCCCAGCGUUGAGCUCCCCCUUUCCCUGGAGGACUCCCCACUUCAAGUCCCUGAGGACAGCAAGGAGAAAUUGGACACCCCAAAGGCAGGCCGCCCCCCGAGCCUGGUGGCCAGAGACUCCUCCUUGUUUGCGGGUAUGGAGCUUGUGGCCUGUCCCUGCCUGCCAGGCAUUGGGACCAUGGCACAGGAGCCCCUCCUGGGCACCCCGGGCCCUUGGACGUUGUCACCAAGGGGGGAAGCCAAGGAGCCUCCUGACUCUGAGCAGUCAGUGUUUGCAUUUUUAAACUCCUGACUGUGUUACCUCUUGCUACUUGGGAGUCGCCUGGUUCCCUACCUGUGGUUGUGCCUACCAAGAAUGACCCCACAGCAUCUGUCCCCAGCCUGGGUGCGCCUCACCUGCUGGGUACUUGGUCUGUCCUGUGACCAGACAGCCACAGGGACACUUGGGUGCAGGAGCAGACCAUCCUAUAAACUCACCAUCACCCCAAGCCCUCAGGUAGUGGGCCAGGAGCAGCCCACAGGAGUGCUGGAGGGGUGGCCAGGCCUGAGCUUGUGGACAGUGAUCUGCUCUGGUUCCAGGUAAAGCUGGGGCUGGCCUGCCUUGGGGGCAGAAAUAAGGACUUUGUGGAUCUGG